UACAUAUGCAGUGCGUACUGUCCAAACGGCUUCUUUCAUGUCCUGACGUGGCUCAGCGUCGAUGGCCACAUUCUGGACCUACGAUUAUAUUUGUUCACUUCACGAAGAGUGGACGUUCCUGCUUGGAACGCGCUGGAACAAGGUGAAGGGCCUUUAUAUCCUUACAAGAUUCAUGCCCUUUCUUGUCCUCAUUACGAAUCUAUAUCUGAACUUCACUCCCACCGAGAACCCUAAUAAAUGCCAGACCUUGAUUGAUAUUGAUUUAUCUUUUGGCAUAGUAUCAGCCGCUUGCUCUGAAGCCUUUUUCGUCCUCAGAACAUAUGUGCUCUGGAACAACAAUAGAUUUGUGCUUGCAAUCACGCUAACUGUCUUUUUUGGUGUCCUCGCAGCAUGCAUCGGUACUUCUUUUAUCGCUGAUUCCACCACGCCAUACGUGACCCCGGGCUUGACAGGUUGCACAAGCAAUGCCAACCUCUUCAUACCGUUUCUUCUCUUGUUUGCGGGUGAACUGGUACUCUCCUCCCUCACGCUCAUACGUGCCAUCCAAAACUGGCGGAUGACGAAAGGCUCUAUGUAUGUCAUCCUAGUAAAGCAUAAUAUAUUCUACUACGGAUGCGGUUUGUUUUUCUCAGCCGUGAACGUCCUUACGUCUCUGCUCCUCCAGUAUCAGUACCGUGCCAUGUUCCAAGAUCUCCAGGUUAUCAUCCUCGCGAUCCUUGCCUUGCAUAUGCACCUCCGGCUCUGGCAGAUCAGCGAGCGCACACACGGCCAUGACUCCCUCGUGUCAAGUAUUCCUCUGACCGACAUGUCAUCUGUGACUCAUAUGGCGUAAUGCCUUGGCAAGGCGCAUUCGGCGUGAUUCACGGAGUGAAGUUUGAACUGUGCGAGGUGACCGGUGAAAGAUGAACUCGGUCAAAUUCGAGAUCCAUGCACGAGGAAUAUUCUACCGUAAAAUAGUGGGUGGGAAGUGCGUUUCAUAGACGUGG